UUUCACAAGAGCUGACAUCUAGAAUUGUUUGCUUAUGUGCAAGGUCCACAUUUUGAGCCUCAGCUCAGCGAUCUCUGGAGGAGACAGACCUAAACUCAGUCUGAGAGAUCUUGCCAAACUGACACCAUCAGAGGGAAAUUUCAUCGCCUGGAAGUCUGCUCUUCAUUUGUUCCUGGGGACACCUGCAAAGAUUGGUGUGGAGACAGCUUUCCAGGCUAAGGUACCUUCCAUGAUGUUCCCACUGCAAGGUGCCCAAAUGCUGCAGUCACUGGAGAGGUCCUUGAGGAAGAGCCUUCCUGAAUCCUUAAAGGUUUAUGGGACUGUCUUCCACAUGAACCAGGGAAACCCAUUCAAGCUGAAGGCUCUAGUGGACAAGUGGCCUGAUUUUAACACAGUGGUUAUCCGCCCUCAGGAGCAGGAGAUGACAGAUGAUCUUGAUCACUACACCAAUACUUACCAAAUCUACUCCAAGGACUUCAAGAACUGUCAGAAAUGUCUCGUCUCACCAGAAGUCAUCAACUGGAAACAGCAUUUGCAGAUCCAAAGUUCACAGCUCAGCCUGAAUGAGGUGAUACAAAAUCUUGCAGCUACUAAAUCCUUCCAAGUCAAGCAAACACAUUGCAUUCUCUAUAUGAUGGCUGAGACAAUGAAGAAACUAAUUCCUUCCCUGCUGGAGGGAAAGAACGUAUCACCCAACAGUGGCAAACCCAAGGCCAUCUGCCAAGAGAUGUUUAAACCCUCCUCCCUGGAUGUUACCCACGCUGCCUUGGUGAAUAAAUUCUGGCAUUUUGGCGGCAAUGAGAGGAGCCAAAGAUUCAUCGAGCGCUGUAUCCAGAACUUCCCCACCUUCUGCCUGCUGGGGCCUGAGGGGACGCCUGUAUCCUGGAACCUGAUGGACCAGACAGGAGAGUUACGGAUGGCGGGUACCCUGCCUGAGUACCGGGCCCACGGCCUUAUCACCCAAGUCAUCUAUUCCCAUAGUCACUAUCUAAACAAACUUGGCUUCCCCAUAUAUUCUCACGUUGACAAGAGUAACAAAACUAUGCAGAAAGUUUCUAAGAAACUUGAUCAUAUCACCAUACCCUGUGGCUGGAACCAGUGGCACUGUGUGCCCCUGUGAAGCAGCCCUGCACAGAAGACCAUGUCAGAUAGACCUGGGAAGACAGAAAGAAUAAGUUAUAAUUGUAAUCAUCAGUAAAGGAAUGGCACUGUUUGGGCUCCAGGGAAGCAGUGUGAUUGGUCAGCAAGACCACCCCAGUCCCUGCACUCGAACUGCAGAUGGGAUUCCUUUAGAUUUAUCACUAUGAAGCAGCCCAGGUACUCCCUCAGUGGGCCCCACAUAAUUUAGCCUCCCACACUUCUGGGAUCUCUGUGAUGCUCCUUCAUCAGCUACCUGGUGCCCCAAAUAGCUUCUCCUAGAACUCCUAGUACACGGAUUGGUAGAGCCCUGCCAAAUCUUCCAGGAAAGGGUAAUAUUUUCUGGGCAUUAUAACUUAUUCCUCUUUCUUUCUAUGGCCUUUUCCUUAGUACUCAGCAAGCAUAUUCUGCUCAUUAGGUCUGUAGAGAUUCUUUUCCUCUGAUUACUGCUUUAGAGGUACACUAAAUAUAUACAAGUACAUAGGAGAAAUUAGGUUAAAUGUGAUACACAUGAUAUAGCAGAGAGGGUUAAUAAGACAAAGACUUAAUGUUAGCCUGUCUGUCCCCUCCUCACACUCACACCAGGAGAGCGCAUGGGUGAGUUUAUGGAGAGAGAGAAGUAGGAGUGCCAAGACCUAGGGAGUGGAUAUUAACUGAGAGAGACAGAAGGUGAUGGGGAGGGCAUGGUUACCCAUUGCCCCCACUUGCCCUCGGCACAUUAUUUCAGGAUGCCUGGAUUCUGUGAAGUUCUGAUAAUUGUCUCAUGGGAGAGUCUAGUUGGGAGUGUGGAGGGAUAUUCUUCCUGGUGGUGACAGGUGAGCUGGGAGGGGUCCUUGCCCCAACAGUUCAAAAGAAAUAGCAAAGAGAACACUGGAAUGAAGGUAAUCACCUGGAUUAAGAACCUGUUUCCUUCUGGUCCACCUAAGCCUGGCAUUAGGCUACAGAUUGAGAAUGAAGUCCCUCCAACCCUCAGAAACUGACUGAGGUUUAAAUUCUUGGCGAGUUAGGGUUUCUCAACCUUGGCACAAUGGACAUUUUAGGCUGGACAAUUCUUUGUUGUGGGGUGAGGGCUGUCUUGUGCAUUUUUAGAAUACUUAGUAGCACCCCUGGCCUCCAUCCACUAGAUGCCAGUAGCACCUUCUGUCCCAGUUAUGACAACUAAAAAUGUCUGCAGAUAUUGAUAAAUGUGCCUUGAAGGCAAAGUCACCUGUGACUGAGAGCCAGUGGUCUAGAGGAAGGAUUCUCAAAUUUGAGCCUGCAUCAGAAUCACAGACUGUGAUUUAACUGUCGGACCUGUUAAAACACAGACUGUGAGGCCUAUCUCCUAAGUUUCUGAUUCAGUAGAUUUUGGGUAGAGCCCCAGAAUUUAAAUUUCUAACACCUUCCCAAGUGAUCCUGAUACUGGCAUUGGUCCAUGAAUUGGGCUUUGAAAACCAUUGGUUUAGAGAAAUAAUUGAACAUAUUUUAUGUCCUAGAACAAUAGAUGAAAAUUCAUAUUGCACACUACUUAGGUAUAUCAUUUUACUUUUGUAAUUAUAAUUUACAUUGUGCUUUAAUUGAUUGAUAAUAUUACUUCAUUACAAAUUCUUAAAGCUUCUAUAAACAUUGUCAUUAAAGAGUGCAUUAGGCAGACAUCAAACUACACUUUCACUACUUCUUCAUAAAACGUGGUCACUAGAAAAUAGCAUAGAUUAAUUUUUAAUAAAGUGAAAUCGUAUCUUCA